AUCAAAGACCCAUUUCUCAACGCUGCGUUUCCAUCCUAUCAGACAGUAAUAGGUGUUCACGGUAGUUGCAGCGCAGACAUGGCUCCACAUGCAGAAACACAGGCGGUGUAACCUUGAUUGUUCAGCUUCUUCGUGUCAGAAAUCCUUAACAGAGAAAAAUGCAGGCUGCCAUGGAUAUCACGGCAAAGUAUUGCCAUAAAGAAAUGGAAGCAUAUGGGUCAUGUGUGGCCUCCAACCCAUCAACAUGGCAGCAAACGUGUCAUGAACUGAAGAUAAAGGUUGCAGAGUGCACAUCAUCACAUCCAGUGAUCCAGAAGAUUAGACAAGGCUGUUCUAAGGAGUUUGUGGAGUUUGAGCGCUGUCUUAGAGAAAACCAGGACAAACCUACCUCCUGCACACCACACGUGGCUCGCUUUCUGGGCUGUGCAGAGACAGUGGACAUCAGUGGAGUGGCCACAAAUCCAGUACCUCAGCCAUUGUAGCAUUCAGACAUCUUCCAUCAUCUUCAGAAUACGCCGAUCUCCACAGCAGCACAGAUGGGCUGGUUUUACAUUAAUGUAUGUACAUUGUCUGUUAGGAUAUAUGUUUUCCUUUGUGUGACUUAAUGUGACUAUUUGUUUUUCUUCAACAAAGACAGGGGAGAUUAUUGCAACUGCACUGAGUUAAGACUGGUUGUGUAGAUAUUUAAUAACUGCAUUGUUUUUUCACUCCUCAUGUAAAUGUUGUGUUGGUAUAAAAACAACAUUUGUAAUUGCCUGUAUGCAAGGAAGUCAGUUUUUUUUUACUGAUUUUUAUUGAACCAACUCAUUAAAAUUGACAUCAGACUUGUAUUACUCA